GUGCAAUUGGAUUACAUAAUCUCUCAAAAUCUCCAAGUCGCACUUACCCAUAAGCGGUUAUAUGAAGCACGUGAUGUCGUGUCCCUCGUGUCAGAUAAGUGGCGAUGACGAUAGUGGGAGCUAUCGGCCAUAUUGCCUCUGCAGUACCACAGUCCUCUUCCAUGAAUCUCUGAAGGCUUUUCUCUGCUGUGUGCGAUGAGUACUUCGUGCGCCACUGCUUAUGAACGCGUCUACCCGACGCUAUGGGUGUCACCGGUCUCUGGACUGUCGUCCAGCCAUGCGCGCGCCCGGUCAAACUCGAGACUCUUAACAGGAAGAGACUCGCAGUUGACGCGUCCAUUUGGAUAUAUCAGUUCCUGAAAGCUGUUCGCGAUAAAGAGGGAAAUGCGCUGCGAAACUCCCAUGUUGUUGGCUUCUUUCGCCGCAUAUGCAAGCUGCUCUACUUCGGGAUUAAACCGGUGUUCGUAUUCGAUGGCGGAGCCCCCAUUCUGAAAAGACAGACGAUAGCGGCGAGGAAGAAAAGAAGGGAAGGUCGAAGGGAAGAUGCCGUUAGGACCGCCGGGAAACUUCUUGCCGUUCAAAUGCAGAGGUUGGCCCAAGAUGAAGAGACCAAGAGGAAAGACUCGGGGAGGCAACCGCAAGAAGAGGAGGUGCCGGAUAAUGCAGUCUAUGUGGAUGAGAUAUUCAUGACGGAUAAGGAGAGACGGCAGAACCGCCAAUUCCGAAAGAAGGAUGCCUAUCAUCUUCCUGAAAUGGAUGUCUCUUUUGACAAGAUGGGUGCACCUGAGGAUCCCCGUAUCAUGUCGCAUGAGGAACUCGAAGAGUAUGCGCGACAAUUUCACUCUGGGGAAGAAAUAAACCUCUAUGACUUCUCCAAAAUUGAUUUUGAUAGUCCCUUCUUCCUCAGUCUACCUGCGACUGAUCGAUACAACAUCUUGAAUGCGGCCAGGCUACGCAGUAGACUCCGAAUGGGUUACUCCAAGGAACAGCUGGAUAUCAUGUUCCCGGAUCGGAUGGCCUUCUCUAAGUUCCAGAUCGAACGUGUUAAGGAACGGAAUGACCUUACGCAACGACUAAUGAACAUCAACGGUAUGAACGGAGAGGACGCUAUGUACGGAAACACUGCGGGUCAGAGAAUUGCCGGAGAGCGUGGUCGAGAAUAUGUAUUGGUGAAGAACAAUGAUGUUGAGGGCGGAUGGGCUCUUGGUGUCGUGGGUAAUGAAGGCCACAGAGAGCGACCGAUCGAUGUUGAUCGCGAUGAUCAGCAGGAGGCAGCGGAGAAUGAAGAUUGGACUGAUGACGAGGAUGGCUUCGAGGAUGUGCCCGUCGAGGGCUUGAAUAGGCUUCCUAAGAUCCCAGCCCUGCGGGAGGGAGUCUUUGAUCAGUCUUUGAGCCGCCAUGCACAGGAAAUUGCUACAAGAUUUGAACCGCCACUACAAGAGAUUGAUGACAACUCUCUUUUUGUAGAGGGCGCUACUGGUGAUGAUGAGCUUUUCGAGGGAGCCAUGGAAAGCGAAGAUGAAGACCUCCAAAAAGCUAUUCAGAUGUCCCUCCAGGUUCCAGAGGAUGAUUUGGUCCUUGAAGAGCCUAUGGCUGCUCGUCCAGCUCCUCCGCCAGCUAAUAGAGCAGAGGCAGUAGUGUCCCCUCCUGAAAGUGAUGAUGAGAUGGACUUCGCAUCCGCACUCGCGCGAUCCAAGAAAUCACAACCGAAACCGAAACCCAAAUCCGCUGCUCCUCGUAUUGACAAUCCAUUUGGGGGACCUCUGCCCUUUGAGUCUCUCAAAAUAAGCAUGAAAAAGAAACCUCAACAUACUGGGACCGACAAGGAGUCUGAUAGGGGGGUCAGCGAAUCGACAAAGACACCCAAGAAACAACCUUUGCCUCCUUGGUUUUCUGGUAGCGAUGAGGCUAAGAGGGAUUUCAUCAACGAAGAAGCAGGCGAGAAGUCUUUGGAGACAUAUCGACAAAUUGCUGCGAACCCGGAGCACGAGUUCUUGACUGAUUACAAGUCCCCGGGAGUUAUCGACGUCGAUAAGAUGCCUGAUUCGACAGAAGUAGUCGACCUUGAGGGAGACGAUAGCAAGCGUCUGCACGAGGAGCCCAAACCAACGGCUUCGAAGCCGCCCGUCCGCAUGGGUGAUAUAGCUGAAAAGAUCAGGGCGGAACCACCAUUGUCUAGGAAGUCAAUUACUGAAGAGCCUGAAAUCAGGCGGGGUGUGGCAUCUUCAGCGACCGAUGUUCCUAACGAUGGACCGAAGAAGGCCGCCGAUGAAAACUUACCAGACGCCCAUGAGGAGCCUCUGGAAUCUACUAGCCUGACAGCCAGAGAUGAGAGCUACGAAGAAGAACGAUCGCCCUCAGCAGAAUUUGAAGAUGUCGAGGUAUCUGCCGCAAGUGCAGCGGGGUUUCCUCCUGCGGAAUCGACUCCAGCAGCUGAAGUGCCCCCCGCAUCUCAGGAAUAUAUACCAGAGACAAUGGACGUUUUGGUUGACGAGGCAGAAGAUUAUUCUGAUCCAGAGGACGAAGAUCUCAUGAGACAGCUUGCAGCUGAGGCGGAGGAGCACGCCCGAUUCGCUUCGACAUUAAACUCUAAAAGCCAGGCGGAAAAUAUCCUCGUAUACGAGGAAGAGCUGAAACAGUUGCGAUCUCAGCAGAAGAAGGAUCGCCGGGACGCGGACGAGGUGUCUCACAUCAUGGUCACAGAAUGCCAACAGCUUCUCACUCUCUUUGGGCUUCCCUACAUCACCGCACCCAUGGAGGCGGAGGCACAGUGCGCCGAGCUGGUCUCUCUUGGCCUUGUCGAUGGCAUCGUGACCGAUGACAGUGAUAUUUUUCUGUUUGGGGGAACGCGUGUUUACAAGAACAUGUUCAACCAGAGCAAGUAUGUUGAAUGCUACCUGGCGUCCGACCUGGAAAAGGAGUAUGCGCUGGACCGCCAGAAGCUGAUUCAAUUUGCACACCUCCUGGGGAGUGACUACACGGAGGGCAUUCCUGGUGUGGGCCCUGUUACUGCCCUGGAGAUUCUGACCGAGUUUGCCUCUCUCGAUGAGUUUCGAGACUGGUGGACGCAGGUACAGAUGGGGGUACAGAUUCCUGAUGACCCCCACGCCGCCUUUUAUAAGAAAUUUAAGAAGCAUGCAUCGAAGCUGUUUCUGCCGCCCUCCUUCCCUGACCGCCACGUGGACACUGCUUACCUGCAACCGGAAGUCGAUUCGGAUCCUUCUCCUUUCCAAUGGGGCGUGCCUGAUCUGAACGCGCUGCGCAACUUCCUCAUGGCGACUAUCGGAUGGGACCAGCAGCGGACGGACGAGGUGCUGGUCCCCGUUAUUCGUGAUAUGAACCAGCGAGAACAGGAAGGCACCCAGUCCAAUAUUACGAAUUUCUUCAGCGGCACGCAGGGGGCUGGUGCUUUUGCGCCUCGGGUGCGGCCUGAUGGCAAAGGCCGGAUGGAGAAGGCGUUCCGCCGACUACGACAGGAAGCUGAAAGUCGACAGCAGCCUCAGACGGAGGAACCGGAUGUCAGCCAAGCGGAUGGAGACCGGCCCGAUAGUGAGGCCAGCGUGAACCCAGCAACGGGUUCAAACGAUGGGUCUCAGGGUCGGCCCAAGAGACGGGCUCCGCGGAGAGGACAGAGCUCCAAGACAGCUGCUCCCACCAAGAGACGGAAGACCGCCGCGAGUAGGGAGCCAUCAUGAACCUUACGCAACAAAUACACCUACCAGGUCCAUAGCAAUGGCGUUUGUUGGGUCGGGAUGUCGAGGGCAUACAUAGCAUAGAAGCCGCCGGUCCCGCGUGCAAAGAAAAAUAUAAUAAUUUUCAUUUGCCAUCUAUUGGAGUUUGGACACUGAUCUUUCUGGCUUGAAGUUUUCUAGUAUAUGAUGACAUUGGGAACCCUGUAACUAGUGAUUUCCUUGCAGGGCUGACCAAGAUGGCUGGGUUCAUUUGCGCUGUGGAGAUU